AUGGCGAAUCCCAGACACGUUGCCCUGCUGGCUACAACGCUGACCAUAGUUGGCAUAGCGCAAGCCUCGCUUUAUGGCGAGAGCAAGGUCAACCACACCUGCGUGCUAGAACCGUCCAUUCUUUCCUGCUCAUCUGGAGCAAAUCCGGCCAGCGUGGACACAUGCUGCACCGAGACGUACGGCGGUCUUCUACUUUCGACACAGUUCUGGUCGACAUGGACCGGCCUCGAGGCUGAAGGCCAGAAGCUUCCCGCCAAUACUUGGACCUUGCACGGCCUCUGGCCCGACUUCUGCAACGGUUCGUAUACGCAGUACUGCGAUCUGUCCCGGCAAUACGACCCUGCACCGUCGCCCAACACGACCAAUGGCCUGCCCAACGGCACGGUGGUCCCGCCGUACACUGGGCCAAAUAUCGGGACAUUUCUGGAACCAUUCGGCAGAUAUGAUCUACUUGACUGGAUGAACGAGUACUGGGUGAACCAGGGCGCACCCAAUACGGACUUCUGGGGCCACGAGUUCUCCAAGCACGCGACUUGCUAUUCGACCUUCGAUGUUCCCUGCUACGGACCUCAGUACGUCGAGCAUGAAGAGGUCGUGGACUUCUUUGAGACCGCCAUCAAAUACUACAGGCGCCUUCCUACCUGGGAGUGGUUGAACGAGGCAGACAUCGUGCCAUCGAACUCGACCACUUACACUCUUGCAGAUCUGCAGACCGCGCUGGCAAGUAAGUAUGGCGCCACGCCGUACAUCGGCUGCUCCGGCCCUCGAUAUAACGCUACCGAUGCUGGAGAAGGUAGCGCGGAUAAUGGCCGGACGGUUGUCAGUGAAGUCUGGUAUUAUAGUCAUGUUGUUGGACGUCCUCAGGAUGGAAACUCCAUCCCUGUCAAUGCCACGAGCCCGAACACCAGCUGCGCAAAGGCAAAUGGUGCCUUGCACUAUUACGAGAUGAGCCCCCGCUCGGUACAGGGAAGUUAG